AUGGCGCAGCGUUCGGCAAGAGCACGGUCGAAAUUAGAUAAGAUUUCUAGUGGAGGAGUAGCAAAGUUCGGUCAUGGGGGACUGGCCACACCGGCGACAUCGACGGGUUCGCCCAGUCUAUCUUCAUUUUCGUCUAGAUCAUUUGGUCGCUCGUCUUCGAACCAGAAGUCCGUUUUCAGAUCGUUUAUAGAUUCGAAGUCCGAUAAGAUUCGGGGCACAUUGGCAGAGAAGAUCAGUCCUGUUGCGACAAAACCGAAACUAGACCUUGAAGUCGAGUCCGCCCCGAUUCUCAAGCGAUGGGAUGGUGGCGGACGGCCAUGCAUGUCAUAUACCGGGCUUAACAGACGGGACCCCGAACUCUGGUUCCCAGACGGAGAUACCCUCGUGUACCUCUCCGACAAAUUCUCAAAGUCCAAAGAAGACCAGCCCUUCAAACAGCCUUCGUUCAGAAUCCGCUCUUCUGUUCUACGCGCUACAAAUUCUCCCUUUCUCAUUGGCUCUCUUUACGAUUACGACGACCUCCCGCAGUCUCCCACAAGCAUAUCAUCCUCACUAAUGUCUGCAGAGCAAGACAUCCAACCCGUCCCAUCGAAUGCAAGUCGAGACCUAGAAGGCAUAGCGCAUGAGUUGCAUUUCCCAGCUCCUCGCUCAAAUGACAGAGCCGCAAUAUAUCGUCACCACGCCACGACUCGAAACUUUUUCGCCGUUUUAUUCAACCGUUCAUUAAUUGGUACAAGUUUUGGUCAAACUCUGCUGGAUCUUGCAGAGCGAAUGGAAUUAUAUAUGCCCCCAGGACACGACAACAUCGGAGAUCUCGUACGAUACCUAACCCGUAAGGAAUUCGAUGAUGUAAGGAAUAUGCCAGAUCUAGCUGCGGGGACCCUCAUGUUUGCAGAAAAAUAUCGCUUGGCAGAUUUAUACCGCGAAAGCUUUGUCCACUGCGUAGGGAUGACGAAUCGAUUGGAGCUCUUGAGCGACUACCAACAGAUAUCGCCCAUAACUCGGACCUUAAUCGACCGCGCAAGUCUUCAUACCCAAGUUCGAGCCGAAAACUGUGACAACCUACUUGUCCACGGUCAAUUCGCCUUCCCAGAUAUGUGGCCACACAUGUCAGCGGGCUACCCACCAGCCAGGCACGCCUUUGACCGGUUCCAAAAGUUCCUUGCAAAACAUUACCAAGGCCGAUUUGGCUCGUGGCCACCAGGAGGGGAGAAAUUUGGUCGUCUACUAUACCAGCAGUUACAACGUGACUUCAACGCUCUGUAUGAUUUCCUCGUCGACAGGGAUGUCGUAUGGGAACCGGUUCCGCCACCAUCUUCCUCCGCCUCCACGAGUUCGAGCGGUAGAAACACUGGUUCCCAAAGAUUGAUCAAUCCUUACAAACCGGACUUCCGUGCCGACGACGCAUCUCUCCAAUUCACCGACAUCAUCAUCUCCUUCGACCGCAACCGGAAGGAAAAAUAUCCCCACAUCCCGCACCCCUACCCUCUCGUUCCAGAUGUCAAAACCACCACUGCAAUCCGCACAAAUAAGCAAAGCAACUUCUUUGGAAAGCGCAAUGCAAACACUGAUAAGACAAUCGAAAAGGAAAACGCCUUGGCUCUGAUCCAAGCUACAAACCUUGACGCUUUGUAUACAUCUCCCAACAACAGUUUGGUUGCGGCAUACCAACUCAUGGAAAAAUCCGACCGCACGAUUGAGAUUGAUCCUCACGAUGCAAGAAAGGGUAGAUGGCUAUUAAUCUACGCAGUUCUCCAAACCCUCGCCACUAUAACAGUCGAUGCCCCUGGUCUAAAAUACACAGAGAAUGUAGACUAUUUCCUCUGUGCACCCAUAAAGGGCGCACUGCCAUGGGAUCAACAAACCCAAUCCUCAUCUCGUGGUGGUGAAGAAGAAGAUUACUGCCAAUAUCGUGCUCACUGCUGGACAGUGCCUUACCAGUGGAACUCUCAAGCCUCGGCCAAAUCUCUAGGAGACCUCCGUCCACAAGAGCACCAAAUUCCCCGUCCACCAUUGGCGGACGAAGAUAUAUUCCCCGAAAGAGCUGAGUUGGCAGCCUCUCCAACACCCACAGACCACCACGACUAUCUGGAUGGCCGACCUCCAAAGCGCAGAACGCCGGUCACAAGUUACGCAUCAAGUAGUUAUGUCCCCAUCAACCUCGGAAGAACUAGUCUGCAAAGUCGCACUAGCAGAACAAGUCUACAUUCCACACAUAGUCAUCAUACAACCUAUCGUAGUGGUUUAGAAGAUCUGGGAAUGGGUCCCGGAAUUCUCGAAAAAGAAGACUUUGAUCCCGCUGCUUUCGAGUCCUUGAAUGUUCUCGCGAUGAACAACCCUUCGGGGACCAUUCUUAGCAGCGUAACGCCUGCUAUAGCCUCCAGCACAGCUGGUCCCUCCCAGACCAUACCCGCAGUGGCUAACACCGUCAGGCACAAUUCUGCUGUCUCAUCAAUUCCCAACGUCCAAUACACGGAAGAUGGGAGCAGCAGCGACGCAGACGAUGAGGACGAUGAUGUGGAAAUGGAUGAAGAACACGAUCCAGGCGUCUUUCUCGGCACUACCAAUCCAAGGGGUAGCAAUAUCUCGAAUAUGACGAGGGGUAGUAGGGAAAGCGGUGCAGCAGGGAUGUAUGCUCCAUGGGGCGGAGUAGAUAGUACGAGGAGGUGA